AUGUCUAUUCAGUCAAAGAGGAUAUUCAGGGAUCAUCAACGGCGCCAAACAAAUGGCUGGUCAUCCAGAACGCGCUCCAAAUUCCACCAUCCACCGCCCAGAGUCAUUCAGACAGGUCUUGGAACGGUUGAUUAUUUCCGAGCUCUUUUUGAAGGAUUAAUCCCACCCUCUGUCGAUCGGAUGUCACCUGACUCUGUUAUCGGGUUGCUCGUGUUAAUUUUUGCCACCGUGCCGCCACCAUCCCACGUGGUAGCUUGGACCCUGCCCCCUCCUGCAAAAGUUCACCAGCUCGUUGAAUCCCUCCUCCCCAGAUUCCACCCGGCUGCUCGCCCUUCUUCCUCCAACUCCCCUUCCUCGCCAAUCCUCCCAUCUUCGCCCGUCUCGCCCGACCUCGUCACUCAAACAGCUGUCGUCGACUCUGUCCUUCGAGCUCUCAUCUUCCAAAACUAA